UUUCUUAUAUACACGAAAUUUUUUGAGUUGGACUUAGGGCAGAGUUGUAAUGAUGCAAUUUGUUCUUUUGGUGGAAGAUUAAGGUUUUGUGUAUAAAAUAUAAAGCAUUGUGAUUUGGUUAUUUAUUGUUGAGGGAUGUUAUGAUUUUCAAGGAAAUUUGAGUGAGCUUCAAAGGGCAGUUAUAACGUACAAACUGCCAAAACGAUACAACUGAAGGAAUGACCUUUAAGUCAAGACAUGACAGAAGUUAACAGUAGAACAUCCCAUUCCAAGGAAAACGGUCAUUUGGCGAGUUGCAUAUCUUCCAAUAUGCAGAAUGAGCCUGUAGAGGGUAAGAGCAAGGGAACUUCAGUGUUCGUCAAUUGCGCUGCUAUUUCAUGGGAUGAAAGCCGAAGAAAAUGGAUGGGGGAGUCAUCUCAGAAGCUGCAAAGAACACCUAAAGAUCCAGUUAUUAGCUGGUCCACGACAUACGAAGAUCUGCUAUCAACAAAUGAUCCAUUCUCUCAGAAAAUUCCUUUACCUGGAAGUUCGCAUUCUAUGUAUUUGCAGGAGAUGGUUGAUUUUUUGGUUGAUAUCUGGCAUGAUGAGGGGCUUUUUGACUAAUUACUCUUAUUGAUGUAAGUUCGAAUGCCUAUCUUCUGAAAUACACGAUAUAGUCAUAGUCCUCGAUCAUGAACAUAACUUAUCUCGGUGAAUAUUGUCACAUCUUAACAAACUGCAUAAUAAUAUACAAAGGUCUAGCAUGGUAGAAGAGAAGCUACUACUCUAAUACAAAAAUAAUUAUGUAUUAUGAACUUGUCCAAAUGCUGUUUGAAUUGUACAACAGCUUUCAUGAUUCAAUAAGAAUAGUGUUUAGUAA